AUGCAAAACAUAAACGAAAGAGAAUUAGAUUGCUUAUUUUAAUUAUAUUCUUCUGAUAAUUAAACUAUCAAUUGGGAUGACUUUUAUCAAUUAAUCUGUCCCUUUGAUAUGUUUCUAGACACUAAAAUUCAUGACAAUACCAAUGAUCAAAUUGUAUCAGACAUAUUACAAUAAUUGUAACGAUUAUUGAAGAUUGAAGUCAUGUACUUUAGAUAGGCUGAACCCAUAAGAAUGAUCUUGUUUGAGAAGUACAAAGAAAAUGGAAAACAAUGUUGCUAACUCUUAGAAGACAAUCAAAAGUUCUUAACAACUCAAAAUUUAAUCAAUUUUAUGAACAAAUAAAAAUUUCAAUACAACAACCAAGAUAUAUUUUGUUUGAAAAAAAGGAUUAAAUGUUCAGAAGAGAAUAUACCCUCUGAAACAUUCAUUAAAUAUUGUCCUCUCUUACCAUUUAAAGUAAUGAUUAGCAAAUCACCAGAUUAUCGACUUAUCACAAUUAGAUAACCCUCUCCUGAUAUAAUUAAAUCCACUGAAAUAUUAAAAUCAAAACCAAUUGAACAACAAAUAUAGCCAGAUAUCCCUUAAAUUAAUUUGGUGCCGCCUCCCUUUCAAGAAGAAGAAAUAUUUUAAUCAGCAUCCUCAGUUCCAUAAUUCAGACAGCUCAAGAAGGCAGAGAUGUCAAAUUAUGAAUUCUAUACUGGAAAAAAAGCAGAAGCAACCUUAACUUAAUCAAAUUUCAAGCAGAAAUAACCUGAAAAUCAGAACCUCAAAAAUUAAACUGAUUAUGACUUCAAGCUUACCAAAACCUAAUCGCAUAAUUUCUUUGGUUUUAAAUAAUCAAUUCCCAAAGAUUUUGGAUCCACACAUCGUCCAGAGGCUUCCAAAGAUAAUGAGUAACUGUUGGACAAAUAUCUAAGACCAUCAGCUUCAAGAAAAGGGGAAUUGACUAAAUAACAAUUUUUUAAAGAAGAGUAGAAUAAUAUGAAUUAAAAAAAUAAAUUAGAAGAAGUUUAAUUUAUUCAAACAAAUCAUAAGUUUGGACAAAUACAGGAAACUUAAAACAAACCCCCUGAUGAUUUCCUAAAUGAACAUUUGCAUCCAAUCAAACCAAAACAGGAUUAGGUACUUGAUUCAGGUACCUUAACACAAACUAGAAAGUAUAAGAUAUUUGAUGAUAUUCCCAAUAAUUAACUGCAAUCCAAUGCGUUAUUUGAUUCGAAAUCUAAGUUUUUAGAUUCAGCUUUUGAUUCAGGAAAUUUGAAUUCACAAAAUUUUUAGUAGGCUCAAAAGAAAUCUAAAAAGUAUGUUGCAGCUUCAAUGUCAUAAGAAGAAAAGUUGCCAUAGUAUUGAUUAUGAAUAUUAAUAAAUUCAGAAUAUUUUAAAUCUCCUUUCAAAA